UGUUUGAAAAUUGCUCCGCCAUGUUGUAUGCGCGGCGACUAUAGCAUAAAAGCAUUGACGAGAAAUGACACUUCGGUGCAACAAAUCGCUCGAUAAUGGCUACAGCUAAUGCGUCGAAUUUCCACGAGGAAUUUAAAUCCGAGAGGACCGUCCGUAAACGGAGAUCGUCGGUUUUCCAAACACGUACUGUGACGCGCGACCACAAUGAAGGCGUCAAUGAUGUUACAAUUAAUGGAAGCAGACUUACGGCAGACCCAAACGAAGAUGAAGAAGAGUGCAAUGCGAAGGACGAUGUCGAAACUUUUAAUCUGAAGGAAUAUAUAGAGAAGCUCAGGCAAGAGCGAAAGGAUUGGCAACAGGAGUACAAGAGUCGCAAAGCUCAACGGAAAAACUUAACCAAGCAGAAAGCAAGCGCGGAGGGACAGGGGCAGAUUCUCGAUAUAAAUGUACUGACAGCAGCCGAGAGAACUUUCGUCUUGUCGCGUCCCAAUUACGAACACAUCUGCAAAAAUAGUCAGAAAUUAUUGGACGUGGCGUUGAAGAUGUCUACGCUCAGUCAACAUGUACACAGGUUGAACCGGAGAUUCAUGGAGAGAAUGGAGAGCAAUAUAUCCAAGGCCACUGGAAAUGUUAUCAAGAUCUCAGAGCAAUGAAGCAGACGUAGCUUUAGGUAUCGUUUAUUGUUUCAAUUCUACAAACUUACAGGUAGGAGCAUCAAUAGUAAAAGUAUAAAUAACACUUAAAUUAAUUAAAUAUGACAACACUGCGUACGACAACACGCGAUUGAUUAUACGAUACUUAUUGGUGUGUGACGACCGUAUUUGUGGCGCAUUCACAUCAAUGAGAUUGAGAUGAGAUGUAAUAAAUACUCAAAAAAUAA